AAUAAAAGGUGCAAGAAAGUGUAUAAGUAACCUAUAAUUUUUCGAACCUGUUUACAUUUCUGACAUUUAAAACGUGGAAGUGAUUAAGAUAUAGUUAAGAAGACAUGUGUUUUAAGUUUAUGUGUAAUAAAGUAUAAAGGUAAUAUUUCUAAGAAUAAUAAUUGGAAUCUCCAAAUUAGGAUGUAGAACAGCUGCUCUAGUUAUUGGAGUGAUCACGAAUGAAAGUGCAAAUAUAACUUUUACUGACAGUGUCACAACCUGUUUGAACGUUGAUGUCUGUAUUGUUACAACAUGGCUGAGGAGUUGAUGGUUACAUUAAACAGAACUGACACUGGUGGAUUUGGUUUUUCUAUCCUUGGAACUGCCGGUUUGCCACAUGUUAUUUAUGACAUUGUAGAAAAUUCACCAGCAGCAGAAAGCGGAAAGAUCGAGGCCGGUGAUAUUAUACUCAGAAUAAACGACGUUGAUGUCAACCACUUUAGUACCAAGGAAGUUUUAAAAUGUUUAAGGUUGUCAUUGGACCCUGUCACUUUAAAGCUUAGAAGAGAUCCAGCUAUAAAAGCACAAGUGAAGAAGCUUUUAUCAUGUGAGCGAGAAAUUGGCGACGUUGAAUCAUCUGCUGAUAGUUGUAUAAAAACAAAACAAAAUUGUAAAAGUACAGUAUCUAAUUAUGCAGAAACAUCUAAAAAAGAUCAACAAGAUCAUUCUGCUACACAAUCAUCAGAUAUUCAAGUAACGACUGAAGUUUCCCGAUAUGAAAAGAGGAAUGGUUCGUACAAUGAUGCUUCAGGCCCUUCCAAAUUUGAAGUACUUCUUCAAUCCAGUGAUAAUUUUAAAGAAGAAAUACGAACCCAGUGGGAACCAUUGUCUGCUGAUAAAUUCAGUAGACAUAAAAAUACUCCAAGGUUUGAAGCAUACAUGAUGACUGGUGAUCUUAUGUUAAAUUUAUCAAGAACGCAGCAUAGUACAGGACUAUUGCCAAAAUAUCAAAAGAAAGUUGAUUCACUGAGAAAUAAUAAUCAUUAUAUACAACGACAACGUAAUUUCUACAAUAACUACCAUUCUUAUUAUCAACAUAACUCAGUACCUACUAGCCCGAUAGAAAUGUUGAAUCAUCGUACAUACAAAUGUACAACAAGUAAUGAAGGUUCCAAUUCUGCCAGAACAUCACCCAUUGGAAUUAUCAAGCGUGAAAUAUCAGGGCAUUGUAGUCAUGCAGCGGAUAUCAAAUCAGGCAUACCAAAUUUUGGAUAUUCAAGUGGAUUUGUUAGAACAUCAAGGUCAGAAGAUCAUUUACAAUUUCAAAAAGAUUCUUCAAUGAGUGCGGUCGAUAUUGACAUCGAUGAUGAUGUGACAUCUAGUUUAAAUACAUUAUUAGAUACGCGACCAGACAGUGCACAAAAUGCAUCCAGUGAACGAAUAGUAUGGACGUAUAAUGCACCAGUUAGCUCAUCUUCAACUUCCGAACGUACUUCAUGUUGUCAAAACGAUAGUUCAUCAAGUAGUUCAUCAAUUGAAGAAAGUAGCCCACAACGUUCUCCAUCUCCAGCUUCUCCUACAUCUGUAUCAUCAUCUGUCAUGUCUUCUAAUUCUAGUUCACGAAAAAUUUCUUUGCCAAUAGCGACUAAUGCCUCAUUGAGUUCUCAUGUUGAAGCACUUGGUGAUUCUUCAUUGAAUGUACUCAAUGCUUACAGUACUAGUAAUGUCAUUUUUUCUGGUUAUCAUCCAACAAAUGGAGAUCUUAGUCAAUCAGAAGCUAUUAGCAAUAUAUCUAGUCCUGACUAUAAUGAUGAAGAAACGAUGGACAUUCUAAGUGCCCGUGAUAUUAUGAUGGUUAGUGAUCCAAGUGAUAGUGACUCAACUAUUCUCGCAAGUGAACCCCCACAGCGACGGCUCAAACCAUCAUACCAUGGUCAAGAAUCCAAUGAUCAUAAGAUUGUUAUUCAAGUUAAAGGACCAGAAAAGGAGUUAGCGAGAACAUACAGUAGCCCUAAACAAAGUCGUAAAUGUACUUCGUCUAAUCCAAAUGAACAAAUACGAUCACUUUCUAGUGUAAGUUCAAGCAACGUCGAAUCCUGUAUCUACCAGGAAUUUAAAGAUAAUGAAGAUGAUAAGAAUUUUAUGUCAGAUGAUGGUUUUGAUGAUAAAAAGCUAAGUGGACAAUCGCCUCCACAAUCAGCUGAUGAAGAAAGUGAUAUUGAAAGUUUGCAUAGCUUCCAUUACAGUCCUAAAGCGGUGGAUUUGCCUUCAGCAGUAAGACUAGCUAAAAGAUUGUAUUCAUUAGAUGGAUUCAAGAAAUCUGAUGUUUCUAGACAUUUGUGUAAAAAUAAUGACUUUUCUAAAGCAGUUGCUGAAGAAUAUUUGAAAUAUUUCAAUUUCGAAAAGGAUACACUAGAUGUAGCUCUUCGAAAAUUUCUUGCUCAAUUUUCAUUAACCGGUGAAACUCAGGAAAGGGAAAGAGUAUUGGUACACUUUUCUAAACGAUAUAUUGACUGUAAUCCUGGUUCAUUUAACUCACAAGAUGCUGUUCAUACACUUACAUGUGCUAUAAUGUUGCUUAAUACCGAUUUGCACGGACAUAAUAUUGGAAGAAAAAUGUCGUGUAAUCAAUUCAUCGAGAAUCUUUCCGACUUGAAUGAUGGAGAAAAUUUUCCACGUGAAGUUUUAAAACAACUUUAUGGUGCGAUCAAAUCAAUGCCACUUGACUGGGCUUUAGAUGAUGAAGGUGAUGAGUUAUCGCCACAAGAAAUUCAACAAACAAAAGCAUCUACCACUUUUGUUGGUGGUAAUCCGUUUCUUGAUGUGCCAAAUGUUUCGGGAGCGAGAGAAUACAAAAAAGGCUACGUUAUGCGUAAAUGUUGUUACGAUGCAAAUGGAAAAAAAAUUAUGAAAUUUUUUUCAGCCCCAUUUGGAAAACGAGGUUGGAAGAUGUAUUAUUGUACGUUACGAGAACUUGUAUUAUAUUUACACAAAGAUGAACAUAGUUUUCGAAAUGAUAGCCUACAUAACGCAAUACAUAUUCACCAUGCUCUUGCAACUAAAGCAAGUGAUUAUACAAAAAAGCAACAUGUUUUUCGACUUCAAACUGCCGAUCAAGCUGAAUAUCUUUUUCAAACAAGUGAUUCUAAAGAGCUUCAAUCGUGGAUUGAUACUAUUAAUUUUGUUUGCGCAAGUUUUUCUUGCCAGCCCUUAGCUGGAGCAGUUGGUUCUCAACGAAAGUUUCAACGGCCUUUACUUCCUUGUAGUCAUACGAAAUUAAAUCCGCGUGAACAGUUAAGGGACCAUGAAGAAAGAGUUAAAAGACUUGAAACAGAACUUGACGAGCAUCGAAGACACCAACCUGAAAGAGGCGCUAAAGCUCUAACAGUCCAAAAUUAUAAAGAAAAAGAUACUUAUCUUCAUCAUGAGUUAAAAAGAUAUAAAACGUAUUCGUAUCUUCUACGUUCGAGAUUGGCAUUCAUUGAAGUAGAGCCUUCGUUAGCAGAUAAUAGUAUAGGAGAAGUGGAUGAAAUAAUAAAUAGUGAAUUAUCAAAUUCAGAAGUAGAAUCGCCACUAUUCUCAUCAGAUCGAUCGAAAACAAAUAGAUAUAGUUAUAGAGCUGCCAUUUAUAAAAAUGACCUUAUAAAUGGUCAAGAUUACGGUGGGGAUGUUGGCUGAUCUGUUAUGGGAGUGAUUUCAGCAUGUGUAAUAUAAGUAUUAUAUUUAAAGUCUAAAAAGUUAAUAUUGGCACUAAAAUAUUUAAGAAUGCUUAUCUUUAUUGAAAAA